AUGCCUACUUUCAACUCUAACGCCCUCGACACACCCGGCACCGAAUCCUCAAUCGACAGCAUCAACACCCCCGAGGACGAACAGCAGUAUGCACCUCCGCCGAUUCGUAAGUCGCCGUCUCGCCAGCUGAUAAACUCGCCGCGCCGGCCCUCCGGCUCAGCAUUUGCCUAUCCCGUUCCGAAACCCAUCUCCGCGUGCCUGGUCGACCCCUUCCACACCCUCCCGAUCGCGGUCGACACCACGACAAACAAGCUCCUCCACUUCUACAGCCAAGACAGCUACUGGGCGACCGCGUACGCGCUGGCCCCGAAGAUCAGACCCUCGAUCAAAGGCUCGUGGGAGUACCAGGCCGGGGCAUGCCUCUCGCACUUCCACAUCCUCAUGGCGCGGUCGGCGCUGCAUCAGCUGCGCAUGAAUGAGAAGUGGGGCACCGACAAAGCGAGGCGGGAGCUCGAGUACGCGGCAUUGAAGCACCAGACCGAGGCGAUCACGGUUCUGCGCGAGAACGUCUCGCGCGGCCAGAAUGCCGACUUGAAGCUGAUUCUCACGAGUAUCAUUUCGCUGGCGACGUUUGAGCAACGGUAUGGAGACCACGAGCGGGCGGUCCUCCACUUCAGGACUGGCCGGGAUAUCAUCCGCCAGAUCGGCAUGCAGGACGAUGGGAUGAACGAUCGGCUGAGAGAGGAACAGGCACUCUGGUUUGAGGGCAUCUAUCGCGAUCCCAAGGCGAGCUGGAUGUGGGGCAAAGAAGACGCGAAUGAGCGGCUAGGUUGGUUGAAGACGCUGCUGAAGGAGGUCGAUCGCAUGUGGAGGGAUCGACAGAUGCUACCGUUGCGGGACAAAGCCGAGAGCCUCCUGCCGGCCGACAGCAGGUUGCGUGAAUUUUUGUUCAGAGGAACUACAGGCCGCAGCGUGGGCGUGUAUGGCGACAUCGACGAGUUUGUGGCUCAGCAGCGGUGUAUUCUGAUCUUUGUCUGCAUCAUGUGCGCGAUAUACGAAGAGCCGGGCGCCGACGACGACGGCGGCGGCGGCGGCGGCUGCCUCAAGACGGUCGCGAAAGCCAUGGCCUUGAACGUUACAAUCCGCGCGUACGCUGCCUUCCUCGAGGAUCUGCUGGUCGAACAUGCUUUGGGCCCGGACCAGGCUGUCGCGGAUCUGCUCUGGAUGAUGUGUCAGAACUAUCGCGAUGUGAAGGCUCACCUUGUGACUGCGGCACCACCGAGAACGCUGCAGCGGCUCGACCUCAAGGACUGCCACUGGCGAGCGAGCGGUAUUGCAAAUGUGGUCAAAUAUCUGCCGGGGAGGAGGCAAUCGAGCCUUCGAAACAUGUUGUUGGAUUUCAUUGAUGGAAAGGCCUAUACCGGCAAGGUUCGGGUCAAUGAGUUUGACUUCAGUUAUGCUGGCUUGUGA